GGAUCGGCAAGUGCGUGGCCCUGGACCUGGCCCGCAGGAACGCCCGCACCAUCCUGGCGUGCCGGAGCCAGGAGCGGGGCCAGGCGGCGGUGGAGGAGAUCCGCGCGGCCACGGGCAACCCCGCGGUGCUGCUGCGCCUGCUGGACACCAGCUCGCUGGCCUCUGUGCGCGCCUUUGCCCAGGCCGUCCUGCGGGAGGAGAAGCGGCUGGACGUGCUGGUGAACAACGCCGGCCUCACCGGGCUGCCCCUCACCAUCACGCCGGAGGGGCUGGAGCAGACCUUUGCCACCAACUACCUGGGCCCGUUCCUGCUCACCAACCUGCUGCUGGACCUGCUGAAGGCGUCGGCACCCGCCCGCAUCGUCAACGUCUCGUCCUUCCGGCACGGCGUGGGCACCGCCGACGUCCGCUACCUCACCGGGCAGGCGCAGCCCGGCGGCUACGACCCCAUCUACAACAGCACCAAGCUGAUGAACGUCCUGUUCACGGCCGAGCUGGCCCAGCGCCUGCAGGGCACAGGGGUGACCGCCAACAGCGUGAACCCCGGUGUGGUGAGCACCAGAAUCAUGCGGCACUUCAGCUGGGCAAUGCGCUCCCUCUUCCUCCUCAUCCGCCCCUUCAUCAAGUCGGCGGAGCAGGGCGCCAUCAGCACCAUUUACUGCGCCGUCUCGGAGGAGGUCUCGGGCAUCACGGGCAAGUACUUCGGCAGCGACUGCGGGCUUGCGCUGCCCUCCGCAGCCGCCCGCGACGCCGGCCUGGCUCGCAAGCUCUGGGAGGAGUCGGAGCGGCUGACGGGGCUGCCGGCGGGCCCCCAGCACUGA